AUGUCUACUUCAAAUCCUUUACAAAACAUCCUCACUCCUGAUCAAUUUCAAAAAUGUAUCAACUUUUAUGAAGCUGAUCAAAAAAUAGACCAUAACGAUAGAGUAGCAAUUGCUUCUCGAUUGCAAGGUAUUUCAAUCAAGUCUAAUAUUGUUGGUUACACAACUGGUAUGUUGGGCUUCUUUGGUCCAACUAUUUACAUUAGACUCAUCAAGAAGCCACUCAUUACGCCAACUCCAUUCUUUUUGAUUCAAUAUCCAUUCAUGUCGUUAUGUAUUGGUUUUGGUACUUUAAUAGCUGGUAACUACUACACGGGAAAGUACUUUUUCAACAAAACCAAGGAGACCCCAUCUUCAUUUCCAAAUCCUAAUGUGGCCAAUGUGUGGAAGAAUAUGGAGUACCAGAACAUUGCUGCCUACACAUUGUACUAUCUCAGAACAAGUUUCAAUCCAAUGUUCAUUAUUAGAGACCCCAGGACUUGUACUGAUGAAGCUUCAAUCGAUGCUAAACAAAAUGGACAUUUUACUGAUAGUAUUGGUUUAGGUCAUACUGAUUCCACCGGUAAGAAACACACAUUGAGUGCAUGGGACAGGUUAAAGUUGCACCACGGUGUUGAUAUCACCAAGUAA